AUGUCCAAAGCUGAAAUUGCAAUACUAUGCAUUGCAAUUUUCCAAGGAUUUUGCAUCUUUCUUGGCAAUCUUUUCACUGUAUUUGUGUUUUGGAUUCAUCGACACAAAUUGAAGCGAGGUUCUAUUCUCCUUAUCAACUUGGCAGUUACAGAUCUGCUUGUUGGGCUCACACAAUUUGCUAUGGUCGGAACGAUGGCCUUUCCACAUAUUACUGGUGUACGCAAAGUCAGCGACAGGUAUACGCCAGAUAUUUCAACCUGUUUUCAAGUUGUAUUUUCAACUGCAUCUGUGUUUUUUCUCGCUAUCAUUUCACUGGAACGAGCCUUCGCUUUGAUGUGGCCUCUUCGACAUCGCGCAACAAGCACCAGCACUUACAUCUACGGUGUUUUACUCGUAUGGACAGCUGCAAUAACAGUGGGUGUAUCCUGUUUAUUGGUUGUGCUCGGUGUCGUGAAAUAUAGAUUUUUCAUGGCUUUCUCGUUCGUUGUCAUCAUUUUAUGUUUGAUAACAGUUUCCCUGUCUUACUUAGCAAUCCGAACAAGUCUUGCUCAACAAAACCAAGCUAUCGACAACGCACAUAACAGGCAGGAUGAUGAACGAAACAAAAAGCUAUCCAGAACUUUGUUUAUUGUCAUAGGUGCGUCAGUCAUUUUCUGGUUUCCAGGCCUUGUAGUUUACUAUGUUUUUUCACUUUCUUCUGUCAUUUUGAUCUUCCUAUGUGGUACAAUGUUACAUGCAAAUAAUUCGCUCGUGAACCCAAUUAUUUAUAGUUUACGAAUGCCAGUGUUUAGAGAAACUGUUAAACGACUAAUAAAAAAAAGUUGAAAAUUCGAAAGAGCGGGACAAAACCUACACAGUUAACUAUAAAUCAUCUAAAGAGGAAACGUAAUUGUUACGAUUUGGGUAAGAAAAAAAACCGUUUCAUCAACGUUUCCCAAUUUACUGCUUGAACAGUGCGUUCAUCAUUUAUUUCAAGGAAAUAAAGACAAAGAUAGUAUAGAUACCAUCGUAUUAUGUUCUUUUUACUACACUAUGUUUAAUCGAAUUGUGUCUGUAUGUCUGUGGUAUGAUUUACAAUCAAGCGUCGAUAUCCUGUGCUGCUGUAAUUCAAACUUAAGUCAAUAGAAACAACGACAGUUAUUUUAAUCUUUUAUUCCAUCAAUACCUGACUUAAUUAAAAGAUAGAAUCACCCUAGUGUUUUAUUUUUUCUAUAUACAGCAAACAAAAUUACUGCACAGCUUGUCUUAUUAGUUUUGAAUUCACUGCAAAAACUAAAAUAGGAAAGUAUUUUUGACUUUAUGUAAGUACAGUGGUAGAGUUCAUAAACAAAACAAUUGUUGUCUACAGCGCCUCUCCUCAGGUGCUGUGAUCCUUUAAAAACCACACUGAAAAGAAAAAGAAAAAAAAGAGAAAAAUUUUAUCAAGGUACCUCCCAAUUUCAUGUAAACAAAAUCCUUUCUGGUAAAGAUGGUCUUGGAACAAAUACAAACUGAAUUAUUUACGAAUCGAGUACGUACAUCCUCCGUUUUUUCCUUUUAUAACACUAUAUUCUAAAAAUCAAACGUGGAGGAAAUGUCGUUUAUAUGAUAAAAGUUUCAACAAAAAUAAUAUUAAUUGCACUUCAGAAAGCUUUAUACUGUUUAGCAGAAACCCAGCGUGAAGUCUUGACCACUUCUGUGGAAAAACAUUGAAAUAAUUUUUUUUUUUUCAUUUUUAUUAAAAAGAUUAAAAUAUAUUUUAAAAAAUUGCUUAUUUUUAAAAUUUAUUUUUGUAAAUUAAAAAAAUAUAUACUUUUUUUUUUCUCGAAGAUAUUAGCCUUUCAGUAUACUCUGAAAUUCGAGUUCAAAAAAAGUUCCGCGAAACGUCUCCAGCGGCGAAGAGCGAGGAGAAACGGAUGCUUUCGCAAGCUAAGUUCAUAUAUAUGUGUGCAUGCAUGUAUAUAUAUAUAUAUAUAUAUAAGCACAAUGCAUUUUUUUAUCACGGCAAACAUAUGGAAUUCUUCAAUUUUUUAACUUCUUAUACUUGAUUAAAACUUCGUAGUAAUACACGCGAGUUCAGUUUCAUCUAAACCUAGAUCAUACAAAUCAUGUACUCUGCUAAGUCUGCUAAAGGUUAAUUAUACCUCUAUUGAAUUUUACACUAACCCUCAAAGUUUUCCCCUCUCUUUAUAUUUUAUAUUUUUUGUCUUUUUUUAUCAAAUAAAAAUCGGACCGUAAAAUGAAGUAAAUAGUCCCUUAUAAAUGAGCUUUUUAAAUAGCUGUUUAUAUGAAAGGUACUUUCUUAAUACAACAAUACCUUUCUUAUCUUCAACCGAGUUAGCGGAAAGGAAAACAAUUAUUUGCAAAGCGCCAUUAUUAAAACCUGGAUCCUUAUCUGGAGAAUAUUGUUCUGAGGAUAUUUCCCUGAAGAUGUCACUGUUUGUACAUUGUGGUCAAUUCAGAUGCCCUAAAAAUCAAUUUCUUCUACCUAUUCUUACUCCGGACAUAAGUGAAUAGACUAUUAUCAAUCUCAGUCUAAACAAUGUCACCGAAUGUCAAAUCUCACGGUCAGAUUUAAUUAAAAAGAUCGAAUCGAAGUGUUGAUUAUUUAAGUUUUUUUUUUUUAAUUUGCUACUCAUUUGAUGAGAAGUGCUAGUGAACUUUAUGAAAUUAACGCGAUAUAAAUUCUACAAAAUUUAAAUAAAUAAAUGUAUGGAUAAAAAAUAGUGCCUAGUUGUUUGUUUUUUUGUUCUUGUGAUUUUUAGGGUCUGAAUGGUCAGUUGCUUUCGCUUCAGGACUCCUUUUGACACAUCUAAGAUGAUAUGUUUAAAAAACAGACAUGUGACAACGAAGGUAUUAGAUUAAAAUCUAGUGGAAAGGCAACCCUAGAAUUUGUUAACCGUGUAUUUAAGCCCUACAUAGUCCGUUAAAACAAAGGAAAAAAAUAAGACUAUAUUGUGGAUGUACGCUUUGCAAAAAGUUGGUUGUCAGUAAAAAGUAAAACUCGGGGUCGGGGGUCUACCUUUUUUUAAGAGAAUGCUGUUUUAGGGUUACGGUUAGUGUCAACACUGUAAAUUGAAAAUAAUCGACUCUUCCCUAAUCUACUUUAUGAAUUCCCUGUGACACAGGUUGAUAACGAAGAAAAUCCAAAAUGAUGCCAAUAGACAGCUCGAGUAAAAAUAUUGUUCUUUAAUUCCUUUGAACUUUAUUUCAACGUGAAAUGUAUACAGUAGAACCCCGAUAACUUGACUACCUCAGAUAACUCGAACUAAAUUUCACCUUCGGCUCGAUCAAGAGUUCACCACUGAAAUUUACCCUGACAACUUGAAUUCUGCAAGUUCUUAACUCCACUCGGAUGCCAUCCCAUUAACUCUUCUUGUUGUAUACGGACACUAAAACUAACACUGGCCAACACUACAAGCAAUUUGAUUUUGAUUGGUGCAAAUAACAGAUCACGUUUUAUCAUAAAAAAAAACUAACCAUGUUACCGUUUCUGAUGAAAGAAAUUUGUACAUCACAAUACUCUUUAGUGCCAAAAAAUCAGUAAAUAUAAAUUUUUAGCAUGGCAAAUUGAAUUUUGCAAUCGACCCUGAUAACUCGAACUGUUUUUCGUUUCCCUUCAGAGUUCGAGUUACCUGGGUUCUUUUGUAUCAAUACUAUUUUUACAAUCAUUACCUCCUGUAUUACCCUAGGUGUGACUAAUCCCCUCUACUCUGCAAAGAUUUUUCUAUGAAAAACCUAAGUUCAAAAUAUAAAUUUCUGUUUGAGGUAAAUUUAUAUUUGUAAAGGAGUUUUUCUUUUAAAAACGCGGAACAGCAGUCUAAAAUCCUUUUUAUUGUUGUUUUCCUUAAUCAUAGCGGCGACCAGUGAUAUAAAUAAACACCAAGCCGUCCGUUAAACUCGGACUUAAGCCUUAAGUAAAGAGUGAUAAGCAUCAAAUUUCUCCAUAUAAUAUCUGAUGUUAUAUAAAGCAGCUUCGUAAUGAGAAUUAAGAACAUGAUUUCUUCAUGUGUUAUUAACUUCACCCCACCAGUUCUAUAAGAAAUAAAUUUGGGCAAAAAAAUUAGAAUUAUAAUCUUGCUCUUCAUCAGGCUUUUAAAAGGAUUAUAUAGUCUCAAAGUAAGUUCAGUACGUAGUGAGACUAGCCAUUAUUUGCGCUAACUAAAAGUUGAAUUUCGUCUUUAAUUCGAUCUAUCAGGCAACCAAUCACAGAUCAAUGUGCCCUUGCCUAGAUGAUACACUGGCUCGAAUCUCAACUACUUCUUACAGCAUUUACUGAAGAUAACCUCCUAACUUCACCAUCGAAGGGUUCAACCUUCACGGGAUUUGUUGUGUCGUGUUUGAGAUGUCUAAAGCAGAGAUUGCUAUACUGUGCGGUGCAAUUUUCCAAGGAUUUUUCAUCUUUCUUGGCAAUUUUAUCACUGUAUUUGUGUUUUGGAUGCAUCGACACAAAUUGAAGCGAACUUCUUUUCUCCUUAUCAACUUGUCAGUUACAGAUAUGCUUGUUGGACUCACACAAAUUGCCAUGGUCGGAGCUAUUGCCUUUCCACGUACUACUGGUGUACGCAAAGUUAGCAACAAAUAUUCGCCAGAUAUUACAACCUGUUUUCAAGCUGCAUUUUCAACUGCAUCUGUGUUUUUUCUCGCUCUCAUUUCACUGGAACGAGCCUUCGCUUUGAUGUGGCCUCUUCGACAUCGCGUGACAAGCACCGGUACUUACAUCUACAGUAUUGUACUCGUAUGGACAGCUGCAAUGACAGUUGGUGCAUCGUGUUUGUUAGCUGUGUACGGUAUCCUGAAAUACAGAUAUUACAUGGCUCUCUUGUCCAUUGUCAUUAUUUUAAGUUUGGUUAUAGUCUCCCUGUCUUAUUUAGCAAUUCGAACAAAACUCACACAUCAAGGCCCGGCUAUCAAUACUGCACAUAACAGACAGGAUAAUGAACGAAACGCAAAGCUUUCUAGAACUUUGUUUAUUGUCAUAGGUGCGUCAGUCAUUUUCUGGUUUCCAGGCCUUGUAGUUUACUUAAUCUCUUUAUUUUUCACUCCCGGUCAACAUUCUACCAUUUUUAUCUUCCUGUUUAGCACAAUGUUACACGUAACCAAUUCUCUCGUGAACCCAGUUAUUUAUAGUUUAAGAAUGCCAGUCUUUAGAGAAGCUUUUAAGCGAGUAAAAAAGAAGGUAAGAAUUCGAAGGCAACACAAAACCUACACAGUUUACUAUAAAUCUUCUAAAGUGGAAACAUAA